AUGGCGGCAAACGGUCUCUACAACCUCUACCGGUUGGCCAUCCCGGCGGCCACCGGUGUUAUGCUCCUCAACAACUCCCUCUACGACGUUCGAGGUGGUACGCGGGCUGUCAUCUUCGACCGGUUGUCCGGUGUCCAGGAGAAGGUCGUUAACGAGGGCACCCACUUCCUGAUCCCCUGGUUGCAAAAGGCCAUCGUCUACGAUGUCCGCACAAAGCCCCGUAACAUCUCCACCACCACUGGAAGUAAGGACUUGCAGAUGGUCAGCUUGACCUUGCGAGUCUUGCACCGUCCGGAUGUGCCGAAGCUGCCGGCCAUCUACCAGUCUUACGGUACCGAUUACGAUGAACGUGUCCUCCCCUCCAUCGGCAACGAAGUCCUCAAAUCCAUCGUCGCCCAGUUCGACGCAGCCGAACUGAUCACACAACGAGAAGCCGUCUCGAACCGUAUCCGUACCGACCUGAUGAAGCGAGCAUCGCAGUUCAACAUCGCUCUGGAGGAUGUCUCCAUCACACACAUGACCUUCGGAAAGGAAUUCACACGCGCCGUCGAGCAGAAGCAGAUUGCACAGCAGGACGCCGAGCGGGCACGCUUCAUCGUCGAGCGAGCCGAGCAGGAACGCCAGGCUAACGUCAUCCGCUCCGAGGGUGAGGCUGAGAGUGCCGAUAUCAUCAGCAAGGCCGUCGCCAAGGCCGGUGCCGGCCUCAUUGAGAUCCGUCGUAUCGAUGCCAGCAAGGAGAUUGCGCAGACACUGUCGGGCAACCCGAACGUCACCUACUUGCCUGGAGGCGAGAGCAAGGAGGGUGGAAAGAGCACCAGUCUUCUGUUGGGUUUGAGGAAUUAA